GCUGGGGGCGGAGGGAAGGGCGGCGGGAGCCCGACCGGUCCCACCCCCGGCUGCAACCCCUGGCAGGAAGAGAUUGUCGCGGGAGCCGCCGCCGGAGGGACGAGCUGCGGAGGACGGGCGCCUGGGCGGCGGUGGGUGGGUCGGCGAGCCCGCAGGACCCGCCGAGGCUGGGGGCGCGCCGCAGGGAGCAGGGGGCGUGGCCUGGGCUCCCUGGACAGGGGCUGGGGAGCCUCCCGCGCCGGGACCGGGUGACACUUCGGGCUCCCUCCUUCUAGGGGCAGGGGGGCAGCCAUGCUCCUGGCCGGGGGCGACCCUCCGGCGCAGGAAUGGGUCAUGGUGCAAACCAAAUCCAAGCCCCGCGUGCAGCGGCAGCGCCUGCAAGUGCAGCGCAUCUUCAGAAUCAAGCUGAACGCGUUCCAGAGCCGCCCGGACAGCCCCAAUUUCUGGCUGCAGCUCGAGGGGCCCAGGGAGAACAUGGGCAAAGCCAAGGAGUAUCUGAAGGGCCUGUGCAACCCAGAGCUGUGGAAGGAGGUUCGCUACCCACCAGCCCUGCACUGCGCCUUCCUCGGGGCCCAGGGCCUUUUUCUCGACUGCCUCUGCUGGAGUACCCAGGCUUACCUGGUGCCUGGCCCCACCGGCUCCCUAAUGGUGGGCGGGCUGACCGAGUCUUUCAUCAUGACCCAGAACUGGCUGGAGGAGCUGGUGGGGCGACUGCGCUGGGGCCCUGCCCCUGUUUGCACCCCCCGGGGUCUCUGGGAGGCUGAGGUGACCCGGGCCUUUGGGGCUUUGAUCUGGAUCCGUGGUGACCAGCAUGCAGGGGACCUGCUGCAGCUGCCCCCAGCAGUCCAGGAGCUGCUGCUGAGUCUGGUGCGGGAUGCUGCGGGCAAGGAGGACAUCAUCGAGUGGCUCGGCCGCCUUGGCACCUCCAACGCCCGCUCCGACCCGGAGGUCCUGAUCUGCCCUCCGCAGCAGCAGAAGGAAGGCUCGGCCAUGACGUCUGUGGGCGAUGGUCCUGGGCCUUUGCUGGAGAUGAGGACCCUCCAGAAUGGGAACACAGAAGAUUCAAAGAGAUUAACCAGCCUGGGAGCCAGCCCAGGCCAGAAGGCACAGCAGGAGACAGCAAACCAGCUGGUACGGGUCGGUUCCAACAGUCAAGGUGGUACGGACAGUGCUCACAAGGAAGGGCCAGUGCCAGCUGCCGGCAGCCAGGAUCCUGUGAACCACUCACAAGCAUUGGCACAGCAGCGGCAGCUCCAGAGGGUGGAAGACAAACUCUCCUUCCAGCCUCCGGUGACGACCCUGGGUGUGUGCCCAUCUUGGAAGGCCUGGGCUCCGGGGCCAGCCUUUGGGCCUUUGUGGCCAGGGACCAUUGCUACGACCUUCUGGAGGAUCAAUGAACUGCAUUCUCUCCACCUGGCCUGGCUGCUGUCCCAGGCGUGCUUCAGUUUCCCGUUCUGGCAGAGGCCUCUGGGCCCCAUUCAGUUCAAGCUCCCAGGGCAGAGUCCUUUGCCCUUAAACCUGGAGUGGAAGCAGAAGGAGCUGGUUCCUUUGCCCAGUGUGGAAAGCCCAGAUGGGGGACCAGUAGGAGAGGCAGACCUACAGAAUUGCCCAAGGCCAGAGACUCCCCCAAAAGUCAUGAGUUUAUUGGUGGUCUCAGGGGGCUCUGGUAUAAAGGGCAAAGCUAGCCCAGGACUUCCACAGGUAGGGCCACCUUUGACCUCCACACCCCAACUCCAAGCUGGAAGUGAGCUGGGGGAUCAAGGAAGUGUACAGUGGGAUUGUAAGGGGCCAGAAGAGGGGCCCUUACCAGCACCACCCACAGGGCAAGGGGUGCCUACUGCUCAAGGGAGGCCCGUGGGUCAAGGGGAGCCGACGGCUGAGUCAGUACCUGACACUCAAACAGUGCCUGAGACUCUCGAAGUGUCCGUGGCUGCAGCAGUGCCUACCGCUCAAACCCCACCCCAAAAUCAAGUGCUGUCUGCAGCCCCCAAAGUGCCUACAGUCCAGAUGAUGCCUGCAGGCCACACAGAACCUGCAGCCCCCAAAGUGCCUACAGCCCAGAUGAUGCCCGCAGGCCACACAGAACCUGCAGCCCCCAAAGUGCCUACAGCCCAGAUGAUGCCCGCAGGCCACACAGAACCUGCAGCCCCCAAAGUGCCUUCGGCUCCUACAAAGCCAGCUGCUCAUGGGGGGUCCACAGCUCAAAAGGCAGCCGUGGGUCAACCGGCACCAGCAGCUCAAACGGUACCUGUGACUCCAAAAACCCCCACAGCUCAGAAAAUCCCUGCAGCCAAAACAUCACCUGCAGGUCCCAAAGCACCCAAAGCUCAAACUGGGCCUGUGGCUAAAACAGGGUCUGCAGCCCCCAAAGCGCCUGCGACCCCCAAAGCAUCUGCGGCCCCCAAAGCCUCCAGAGCUCCGAAGACGCCUGCAGCGCAGAAGGCGCUCACAGACCCAGGGCCAGCCGUGGAUGCAGCCAAACUCCUGAGAGAGGCCCAGCCUUCGUCAAGGGGCAGUGCUUCCUCCCCAAAGGGCCAGGGGGAGGCCAGGAGGCAGGGUCCCCAGCCCUGCAGCACCGUGGCUCCCAGUAGUAAGCGCCAGCCUCAGGUGGGUGGGCUCCUGGGGGCUUCGGAGGGGACCCCGAGGCAGCCACCGCGACAACCACAGGCGAACAGCACAGUGACCAGCUUCCAGAGGUACCACGAGGCCCUGAAUACGCCCUUCGAGCUGAACCUGUCGGGAGAACCUGGGAACCAGGGGCUGCGGCGAGUGGUCAUUGAUGGCAGCAGCGUGGCCAUGGUACACGGCCUCCAGCACUUCUUCUCCUGCCGUGGCAUUGCCAUGGCAGUGCAGUAUUUCUGGAACCGGGGACACCGGGAGGUCACUGUGUUUGUACCCACCUGGCAACUGAAGAAGAACCGGAGGGUGAGAGAGAGCCACUUUCUGACGAAGCUACAUUCCCUCAAGAUGCUUUCGAUCACCCCCUCCCAGCUUGAGAACGGCAAGAAGAUCACCACCUACGAUUACAGGUUCAUGGUAAAGCUGGCAGAGGAGACAGAUGGCAUCAUCGUCACCAAUGAGCAGCUCCACAUCCUGAUGAAUAAUUCCAAGAAACUGAUGGUCAAAGAUCGCCUGCUGCCCUUCACCUUUGCGGGGAAUCUGUUCAUGGUGCCCGAUGACCCCCUGGGCCGGGAUGGCCCCACCCUGGAUGAGUUCCUGAGGAAGCCAAACAGGUUGGACACUGACAUUGGCAACUUCCUGAAGGUGUGGAAGGCUCUUCCUCCCAGCUCAGCCAGGAUCUCUGAACUGAGUGAUGCUGCCAAUUCAGGGCCCCUGGAGAGUCCUCAGAAAGUGGAAGAAGUUAGGGAGGAGAAGGAGGAGAGGCAGGACGAAGAGCCAGAGCUGAGGGAGAGACAGGAUGAGGAGCAGAGGGAGGGGCAGGACCUACAGGGGCCAGCCGAGGAAGAAGACCAGGACUCCUCGCUGGCAUCGGUGUUCAAGUCUGAGUGCCCCACCCUUUCAGAGGAAAUCCUCCGGUGCCUCAGCCUCCACGAUCACCUCGAUGAAGCCCUUGACAUCGAUCUCCUUCCAGUGGUGGCUUCUCCGUCCCUAGGUGUCCCCUGGGAUGGGAAGGCUCCCUGCCAGCAGGUCCUUGCCCACCUGGCCCAGAUGACCAUCCCCAGGAACUUCACCGCACUCUCCUUCUUCAUGGGAUUUAUGGACUCCCACCGGGAAGUCAUCCCUGACUAUGAAGCCCUUGUGGGCCCACUACACAGCCUCCUCAAACAGAAGCCAGACUGGCAAUGGGACCAGGAACAUGAAAAGGCCUUCCUGGCCCUGAAGCGAGCCCUGGUGUCUGCCCUCUGCCUGAAGGCCCCUGACUCUCAGCUGCCCUUCUACCUGGAGGUGAUGGUGAGCCAAGUGGCCCUGACGGCCACUGUCUAUCAGGAGAACUCAGGGAGAAAGCACCUCAUUGCCUAUACCUCGAAACCCCUCCUCCCUGACGAGGAGAGUGAGGGCCCCCAGUCGGGGGGAGACAGCCCCUACGCCGUGGCCUGGGCCCUCAAACACUUUUCCCGCUGCAUUGGAGACAUCCCAGUGGUCCUGGACCUCUCCUACGCUGCUCGGACCACCGUGGACUCUGAGGCCUGGGAGGACCGCAGGCUUUCCAAAGCAUGGUUGAUCCGAUGGGCCCUCUUGGUACAGGACAAAGGCAAGAGGGCGCUGGAACUGACCCUUCUCCAGGGCCUGCUGGGGGAAAACCGACUGCUGACACCCUCAUCCUCCAUGCCUCGUUUCUUCCAGAUCCUGCCUCCUUUCUCUGACCUGUCCACUUUUGUCUGCAUCCACAUGUCGGGCUAUUGCUUUUACCGUGAGGAUGAGUGGUGUGCUGGCUUUGGUCUCUAUGUCCUGUCUCCCACCAGCCCACCUGUCUCCCUUUCCUUCUCUUGUUCGCCUUACACACCCACCUAUGCCCACCUGGCUGCCGUGGCCUGUGGCCUGGAGCGCUUCAGCCAGUCCCACUACCCCGUGGUUUUCCUCACUCACUGCCACUGGGUCUUCAGUGUCCUCUGGGAGCUCCUGCCCCUGUGGAGGGCCCGGGGCUUCCUGUCCUCUGAUGGGUCCCCACUACCUCACCCGAGCCUGCUCUCCUACAUCAUAUCCCUCACCUCUGGCCUCCCAUCCCUUCCAUUUAUCUACCGAACCUCCUACCGUGGCUCCCUGUUUGCUGUGACAGUGGACAACCUGGCCAAGGAGGGUGCGCAGGGGGGCGGGGAGUUUUGGAAUUUGCCAACGGAUGUGCCAGUCCCCGUAGUGUCCCCCCAUACCAUGGGCAAGAGGCCCAACUUGCUGGCAUUACAGCUGAGUGACAGCACCCUGGCAGAUGUCAUUGCCAAACUGCGGGCUGGGCAGAAAUUGUCCAACUCCUCACCCUUCAGUUCUGCCUCUAACUCGCUCAGCCUGGAUCAGGAGAGCGGCCUGCUUCUGUUCAAGGGAGAUAAGAAGCCCAAAGUCUGGGUAGUCCCGAGGCAGCUCCGGAGGGAUCUGAUUUUCUCUGUGCAUGACCUCCCCGUGGGGGCUCACCAGAGGCCUGAGGAGACCUACAAGAAGUUGCGGUUGCUGGGGUGGUGGCCCGGGAUGCAGGAGCAUGUGAGAAAUUAUUGCAGGAGCUGCUUGUUCUGCAUCCCCCGAAAUCUCCUAGGCAAUGAGUUGAAGGUUAUCGAGUCCCUGUGGCCCCUCAGGUCGACUGCCCCCUGGUCGAACCUGCAGAUCGAGGUGGUGGGCCCAGUCACUGUAAGUGAGGAGGGCCACAAGCAUGUUCUGAUUGUGGCUGACCCCAACACCAGGUGGGUGGAAGCAUUCCCGCUGAAACCCUACACACACAUGGCUGUGGCCCAAGUGCUGCUUCAGCAUGUAUUUGCAAGGUGGGGUGUUCCCGUGAGGCUGGAGGCCACCCAAGGCCCCCAGUUUGCCCGGCAUGUUCUGGUGAGCUGUGGGCUGGCCCUGGGAGCCCAGGCUACCUCCCUGAGUAGGGACCUCCAGUUUCCCUGUCUGACGAGCUCAGGGGCCUACUGGGAAUUCAAGAGGGCCCUCAAGGAGUUUAUCUUCUUGCACGGCAAGAAGUGGGCGGCUUCCCUGCCCUUGCUGCACCUGGCCUUCAGGGCCUCCUCCUCCCAGGCCACACCAUUCCAGAUCCUGACCGGGGGCCAGGAGAGGCUGAUGGGACCCUUGUGGUGGGAGAUGAGCAGUGCCAAUAUAGAAGGGCUCAAGAUGGAUGUCUUCCUGCUACAGCUGACGGGGGAGCUGCUGGAGCUCCACUGGAGGAUGGCUGACAAGGUCAGUGAAAAGGUGGAGAACAGGCGUUUCAAGCGGGAGAGCCAGGAGAAAGAGUGGAACGUGGGCGACCAGGUCCUCUUGCUGUCCCUCCCCAGGAAUGGCAGCAGUGCCAAAUGGGUGGGUCCCUUCUAUAUCGGGGACCGGCUGAGCCUGUCUCUCUACAGGGUCUGGGGCUUCCCAACCCCAGAGAAGCUCGGGUGCAUCUAUCCGAGCAGUCUGAUGAAGUCCUUUGCCAAGAGCGGCACCCCCCUGUCCUUCAAGCUCUUGGAGCAGUGAGCUGAAGCAGUGGGGGAGGCCCCACUCCCAGGGUCCUGGGCCGCUGCUGCUAGGCCUCCCCCUACCCUCAUCAGUGCUCUCAAAGCCCCCUGGGGCCCCCUUUGUGCCUUUUGUGGAGAAGUUACUCAUAAAGCUUUGCUGAAUUGCCUUGAACUGGGGACCAGCGUCCCUAUGGAAAUGUCCCCAGUGCGGGGUAUUGCGAGAAUCUGCUGUCAGAUAUGGGCCUCUGGCAGUUUCCCCUUACUAAGGUAGGCCAGGCUCAAUGUCUUUCCCCAAGUAUCCCCUUCACCCUGUCACACAUGUGCAGGUGUACACACACGCACACACGCAUGCACACACGCACACACACACACACAGAAUUUGACUCCUGGCUACUUAACCAUAAAGCAGUGUGGUUCGGGACCUCAGAACCAGAACCACAUUGCACUCUCAAACAGAAACCUCGAAUGUAGACUCCUCUCCCCCGACCUUCAUUUGGGGACCUUUUGCCCUUGUAGUUGUCACAGUUGACACAAAUCCACACGGGCUGUGGAGAGGCAGCCUGUUCCCAUUCUCAUGGCCAGCUUCUCGGCCAGGCUAGGCCGGCCCCCUGCCCAGGAAGGGCUGGCAGUCCUGGGCCCUGAGGCUUGGAGCUGGGGUGGGAGGGCGGGCUUGUCAGCACAGAAAGGCAAGGGGGAGACUGAGUCAGCCUACCUCAUUUGACUCCAGCUAAUGGAGAUAACGCUGACCCCUGCUGUGAUGCUAUUAACCCCACGGGAAUCAAGGAUCUUGAUGCCAAGUGUGGCAUCUCUACCUGAAGAGCUGCUUCAACCAGACCAAGGGGCCCAGGCCUCUCUGACAAGGGGGGAGGGUGUCUGAAAUGAGCAGUGUGGCAGACAGUGAGGUGCUGAUGUGGCUCUACCUCCCAACCCCACCCCAAAGCCCACAGCCCUCUCCUCCUCCUGCCUCCACUGUGCCCUGCAUCCCCAGCCCCCAUAGUGUGUGACUGCUGUGGUUGGAUCACCCCCAUCCCCUGGACCUGCUUUCUGUGUAGAGCAAAACCUGGGCUCUGUCUGAGCACUCUGCAAUGAUUGCUCUUAUAGCAAGAGUGAGUUCUCAUAGGUGUGUGUGCUCACACUUACCCUCUGACUUGCUGCCACCAUUGACAAAAUGAACUCCAGGGAAGGCCAGCACCGGAGCCCUCUGCCUGGGCCUCUGAGGAGUUUUAUUUCUCCAAAGCUGAGCCAGUCUCCUGGCCUAGCUCAGGUUGCCAACACACUUGGCAUUGCAAGAGCCGGAGUAGAACCUGCCAUAGAGUAGAAUUUGCUUGUUUUACAGCCAAAGAAAUGCCCAGAGAGGGAAAGUGACUUGCCCCAAGUCACACAAUAGUGUGUGGCUAAGCUGGGACCAGGAUUAAGCUUCCUGACUCUCAGUUCACCAUAGACAGGGAGGGUUCUGGUGACAGGUUCAAGUCAGAGAAUCCCUCAAAAUCCUAUACGUAUAUCCCCUCCAAUUCCCCAUUUUCCAUAUCUUGUUGACAAACUACUAGUUGUUGCCCCUUAAACCAUUUCCAGAUGUUAAUUCUGUUCAGGAAAGAAUGCUUGGAUGACAUGAUAAAGUGAAAGGUGAGCUGUGGGAGUUUUAGCAGAUACCCUCUUUCCUUUUCCUCCCCCCCCCCCCCCCCACUUCUCUUCCCUCUCCCUCUAAUGGUAUGGCCAACCUCAUUUUCCUUCUCCAGGGCUAUACCCAUUCCUCCCGUUAACCACAUUUAUAAUCCUAUAUCCUUUUAUUUUUCAUUUGAAUUAUCAAUAAACAGAUCAAUAUGGA